UUACGGAUUAUUGGGUUAGAACCAAACGGGCUAACACCCUUGGCCCAUGGGCGGCAUGAACCCAUUAAUUGGAACUAAAAUUGUGUAAAUGAGAAAAGUUAAGUUAGGGUUCUGUGGUGAGUGCGGAUAAGCCCUCUUUCCAUCCAAUUGGGGAAGUAAUUGGAAUACAUAUACAUUGUACUCCUUCCAUUGUCAAGGUGGAUAUUUAUUAGAAGUGUGAAUUAGAUAUGGGUUUGUUGAAUCAUCAAGGGUGGAAAUGGUUUGAAGGUACACAAGUUAUGAGUGGCGGAUAUCUGAAACACAAAUUAUUAGUGUUGAAGCAAUUCCGGGGUUUUGGUAAAAUGAUAUGGAUGUUGUUAAGGAAUUGGAAGGAAUGCGUAUUCCGGGGAUUAAAAUCGGGGACGGUUUCGCUGCUGCUCGUUAUCAUCUGGAGCUCCUUUAUUACUUUCACUUCCAUCUCUUAUUCCGCCCUCUUCUUCCUUCUUCUUACCAUGGGAGCUGCUGUGCAUCACACGCCCGGUCUAUUAAUUGUAGGAUUGUUUGCCAUUUUGAUUCUAUGGAUGUAUGCCAACUUUUGGACGACCUCUGGCUUAUUGUUUAUUUUCGUAGGCUACGUGUUUUCCCUAAACCAAGCAAGGUUGGUGGUUUUAAUUGCAGCCAUAUACGCGCUCUAUUGUGUUAAAAAUCAAGCUGGGUGGUCUGGAGUUUUGGUAUCAAUAAACCUGGCUUUCCUCUCUAAUGAUGCAUUGACCUGUAUGCUCCGUUGGAGUGAAAAAACUCAAUUUGAAGAGCAGAAAGUUCCGGAUUCAUUUAUUGAUGAUGAAUUUGUAUCAGAGUGUGAGUUUCCUAUACCUACUGAUGAACCUGAAAACAUGCACACAUGUAAAGUUUCAAGCAAACCAGUAGCUGCUACAGAAACUGUCGAGAACAUAAAAGAAAAAGAACCUUCUUCUAUACCUGUUGUCAAACAUGACGGGGAGACAAUUAAUGAGAUGAAAAGAAUUCUUAGCUGUUUGAAUCAUUACGAAGCAUUGGGUGUUUCUCGUUAUGAUAAACUUGAUGCUAUGUUGUUGAAGAAGGAAUAUAGGAAAAAGGCCAUGCUUGUGCAUCCGGAUAAAAACAUGGGAAGUCCACUCGCAAGUGAAUCCUUUAAAAAAAUUCAAUCUGCGUAUGAGGUUCUUUCUGAUUCUAUAAAAAAGAGAGACUAUGAUGAUCAGCUGAGAAAGGAAGAAUCCAAGAGUUAUCACAAGGGCACGAGUACUUCUUAUCAGCAGGAAGCUCCUGCUUAUUGCUCGGAGGAAUCGAGACGAAUACAAUGCACAAAAUGUGGUCAUUCACAUAUAUGGAUAUGUACAAAUAGGACCAAAUUUAAGGCAAGAUGGUGUCAGGAUUGCUGUCAGUACCAUCAAGCCAAAGAUGGGGACGGGUGGGUAGAAUAUAAAGGCUCACUUGUAUUUGAUGGCCCUCAAAAGGUGGAAAUUCCGCGUGCUUUUGUUUGUGCUGAGAGCAGGAUAUUUGAUGUGUCAGAAUGGGCCAUUUGUCAGGGAAUGGCUUGUAAGCCGAACACACAUCAUGCAAGUUUUCAUGUAAACAUGGUAGGAUUAGAGAAAGGCCGGAUGUCAAAUUCAAGCAGCAGAUAUCCAUGGGAUUUGGAUGCUGAAAUGACAGAUGAAGAGGAAGAAUUUGAGCUAUGGCUACAGCAAGCGUUAGCUUCGGGUUUAUUUUGUGAAACCUCUAAGCGUAGAAAAAGUUGGAGCCCAUUUAAAUUGCCUCAAAAGAAAGGUGGAAGGAAACAAUGGAAUCGUAUGUCUCAAUAGUCUUUAGAUAAGGUGGUUGUGGUUUACCUUGCCAACCUAAUAGCGGAACAGAUGGAUUGAUGGAUUAACAUAGAUGUAGAUAACUGCUUUAGAUAUAUGCACCUGGUUUUGAAAGCAAAAUGGAGUGGGCUACUUGUGUUGGGAUAAAGAGAGGUGGAAGCAUAUAGGUUUUAGGCCCUUCUUUUCUUUCAACAGCAGAGGAGAAAGCUUGUUCUCAGCCUUGUUGGGCAUAGCCGCAAAGCUAGUCUUGUCGGACUAGGAGCUCCACUAGGCUUGACCGAGUGCUUUGGUAAAGAUACAUCUUGUGGCAUUUUUAACGACAGUUAUGCAAAUUAAUUCGAAGUAUUGAACCAUAUUGAAAAGAGAAAAACAAAAAGACGACGUCCUCUCUCUCUUUCAGUCUUUAUCUCUUUGAUGCAGAUUUCAAUGAUUCUCCCUAUAUAUCUUCCAAAAUGUAAUUUUCCUCUACAAUAACAAUCACCACUGUUUGUACCAUAAAUUUGUUGCUAUAUAAGUUUGUACCAUAAAUUUGUUGCUA